AUGUCUGCUAUUGUUCCCACAGCUCCUAUAACCCCUCCAAUGAGCUCGACGGGGGACCGUCUUGCCGUCCUCGAGUUAAAAGAUGGUAAUACACUUGUAGGCUAUUCUUUUGGUGGCAGUAAGCCUGCCGCAGGUGAAUUAGUUUUCCAAACCGGUAUGGUUGGUUAUCCUGAAUCUAUUACUGAUCCUUCAUACGAGGGUCAAAUUUUAGUCAUUACAUACCCAUUAGUCGGUAACUACGGUAUUUCCGAUGCUGAUUUAAAGGAUGAAUUGCUCGAACAGUUACCACGUUAUUUUGAAAGUAAUAGGAUUCACGUUGCUGGUCUAGUUAUUGCACAUUAUACCGAAGAAUUCUCUCAUUGGUUAGCUAAGUCCUCUUUGGGCGAUUGGUUGAAGAGAGAAAAUGUCCCUGCUGUUUAUGGUGUGGACACUAGAGCUCUAACAAAACACUUGAGAGAAUCGGGUUCUAUGCUCGGCCGUUUGGGUCUUCAAAUUGGUGAAAAACCUGUAGAUUUGAAUCAACCACAAUGGAAAGAUUCAUUUGAAGUAUCAAGUUGGGUUGAUCCUAACGUAAAGAAUUUAGUUGCCGAAGUUUCUAUCAAGGAACCUCAACUUUACGUUCCACCUGCUGAUAAAGUAGACUUGCAAAAAGGUCCUGAUGGCAAAGUUUUAAGGAUUUUGGCCAUUGAUGUUGGUAUGAAAUACAACCAAAUUCGUUGUUUCAUUAAACGUGGUGUGGAAUUGAAAGUGGUUCCAUGGAAUUACGAUUUUACCAAGGAGCAAUACGAUGGGUUGUUCGUUUCCAACGGUCCUGGUGAUCCAUCCGUUUUGCACGAAGUUACUUCAAGAUUGCAUGCUGUUCUUGAAGCUAAGAAGACUCCAGUUUUCGGUAUUUGUUUAGGUCAUCAGCUUUUGGCUAGAGCUAACGGAUUCUCUACCGUAAAGAUGAAAUUUGGUAACCGUGGUCAAAAUAUUCCAUGUACUUCCACCGUCAGCGGUAAAUGUUACAUCACUUCUCAAAAUCACGGUUAUGCUGUUGAUGAAACAUCUUUGACUAACGGUUGGAAGGCAUUGUUCACUAAUGCUAACGAUGGUUCCAAUGAAGGUAUUUACCACACUGAAUUACCAUAUUUCUCUGUGCAAUUCCAUCCAGAAUCUACUCCAGGUCCUAGAGAUACCGAAUUUUUGUUUGACACUUUUAUUCAAGCCGUCAAGGACCAUAAGACUUCUGGCGUCUUGCAUCCUGUAAAGUUCCCUGGUGGCGACAUUGAGGAGAAUAGAAAGCUUCACCCUAAAGUCGAGGCUAAAAAGGUCUUGGUUCUAGGUUCUGGUGGGUUAUCCAUUGGUCAAGCUGGUGAAUUUGAUUAUUCUGGUUCUCAAGCUAUUAAGGCUUUGAGAGAAGAAGGUAUUUACACCAUCUUGAUUAAUCCUAAUAUUGCUACUAUUCAAACUUCUAAAGGUUUGGCUGAUAAGGUCUAUUUCUUACCUGCUACUGCCGAAUUUGUGAGAAAAGUUAUCUUACAUGAACGUCCAGAUGCUAUUUACGUUACCUUUGGUGGUCAAACUGCCUUAUCUGUUGGUAUUGAAAUGAAAGAUGAAUUUGAAGCCUUGGGUGUUAAAGUUCUAGGUACUCCUAUUGAUACCAUUAUUACCACUGAAGAUCGUGAAAUGUUUUCUGCUGCAAUUGAUGAAAUUGAUGAAAAAUGCGCAAAAUCUAGAGCUGCUAGUACUUUGGAAGAAGCUUUACAGGCUGGUAAAGAAAUUGGAUUCCCUGUUAUUGUUCGUGCCGCUUAUGCCUUAGGUGGUUUGGGUUCUGGUUUCGCUGACAAUGAAGAGGAGUUAACUGACCUAUGUAACAUUGCAUUCGCUUCUUCCCCACAAGUGUUGGUUGAAAGAUCCAUGAAGGGUUGGAAAGAAAUUGAAUAUGAGGUUGUCCGUGAUGCUUUCGACAACUGUAUCACAGUCUGUAACAUGGAAAACUUUGACCCAUUAGGUAUUCAUACUGGUGAUUCCAUCGUUGUUGCUCCAUCUCAAACCCUUACCGAUGAAGAUUACAACAUGUUAAGAACCACUGCAGUUAAUGUGAUCAGACAUCUGGGUGUCGUUGGUGAAUGUAACAUCCAAUAUGCUUUGAAUCCAGUUUCCAAGGAAUACUGCAUUAUUGAAGUUAAUGCUCGUCUAUCGCGUUCCUCUGCAUUGGCAUCUAAGGCUACUGGUUACCCCUUGGCUUACACUGCUGCUAAGUUGGGUCUAAACAUUCCAUUAAACGAAGUCACAAACUCUGUUACCAAGUCCACUUGUGCAUGUUUUGAACCAUCUCUAGAUUACUGUGUUGUUAAGAUGCCAAGAUGGGAUUUAAAGAAGUUUACCAGAGUUUCUACUCAAUUGUCUUCUUCUAUGAAAUCUGUUGGUGAAGUCAUGAGUAUUGGCCGUACAUUCGAAGAAGCCAUUCAAAAGGCUAUUAGAUCUACAGAAUACAAGAACUUGGGUUUUAAUGAAACAGAAUUGGAUGUUGAUGUUGACUACGAGUUGAAUAAUCCUUCCGACUUGCGUAUCUUUGCUAUUGCAAACGCAUUUGCUAACCUGGGUUACUCCGUUGAAAAGGUCUGGCAGAUGACCAACAUUGAUAGAUGGUUCUUGAACAAACUGUACGGUUUGUUCCAAUUCUCCAAGGAAAUUGCAUCUUAUGGUAUCAAGGAGAACCUUCCACCUCUCGUAUUGAGACAAGCUAAACAGUUGGGUUUCGAUGAUAGACAGAUUGCCAAGUUCUUGAACUCUAAUGAAGUUGCCAUCCGUCGUUUGAGAAAGGAAUUAGGUAUUACUCCAUUUGUGAAACAGAUUGAUACCGUUGCAGCAGAAUUCCCAGCCUAUACCAAUUACUUGUACAUGACUUACAACGCUGCCGCCCACGAUGUGGACUUUAAUGAUCAUGGUGUUAUGGUGCUGGGUUCUGGUGUCUAUCGUAUUGGUUCUUCCGUCGAAUUUGACUGGUGUGCUGUUACCGCUGUUAGAACAUUGCGUGCCAACAAAAUUAAGAGUAUCAUGGUCAACUAUAACCCUGAGACUGUUUCUACUGAUUACGACGAGGCUGACAGAUUGUAUUUCGAAACCAUUAACUUGGAAAGAGUCUUGGAUAUUUAUGAAGCAGAAACUUCCGGAGGUGUUAUCGUUUCUAUGGGUGGCCAAACUUCUAACAACAUUGCAAUGUCUUUGCACCGUGAAAAUGUCAAGAUUUUGGGUACUUCUCCAGAAAUGAUCGACGGUGCUGAAAACCGUUACAAGUUCUCUCGUAUGCUGGAUCAAAUAGAUGUGGACCAACCAGCUUGGAAAGAAUUGACUUCUAUGGAAGAGGCAGAAGACUUUGCCAACAAAGUCGGUUACCCAGUGUUGGUUCGUCCUUCUUAUGUUUUAUCUGGUGCUGCCAUGAACACUGUCUACUCAAAGGCUGAUUUGGAAUCUUACUUGAACCAAGCUGUUGAAGUUUCUCGUGAUUAUCCAGUGGUCAUUACUAAGUAUAUCGAAAAUGCCAAAGAAAUUGAAAUGGACGCUGUUGCUAAGGACGGUGAAUUGAUCAUGCAUGUUGUUUCUGAGCACGUUGAAAAUGCUGGUGUCCACUCUGGUGAUGCUACUUUGAUUGUACCACCCCAAGAUUUGGAUCCUGAAACUGUCAAUAGAAUUGUUGUUGCAACUGCCAAAAUUGGUAAGGCUUUAAAGAUUACUGGUCCAUACAACAUUCAAUUCAUUGCUAAAAACAAUGAAAUUAAGGUCAUCGAAUGUAACGUUCGUGCAUCUCGUUCCUUCCCAUUCAUUUCCAAGGUGGUUGGUGUUAACUUGAUUGAGAUGGCAACUAAGGCAUUAAUGGGGUUGCCAGUUACUCCUUACCCAGUUGAAAAAUUACCAGAUGACUACGUUGCCAUCAAGGUGCCUCAAUUUUCUUUCCCUCGUCUGGCAGGUGCAGACCCUGUCUUGGGUGUUGAAAUGGCAUCAACUGGUGAAGUUGCGUGCUUUGGUCAUUCCAAAUAUGAGGCAUACUUGAAAUCCUUGCUUUCAACUGGUUUCAGAUUGCCCAAGAAGAACAUCUUGUUGUCUAUUGGUUCUUACAAGGAAAAGCAAGAAUUGCUCCCAUGUGUCUUCAAGCUUUACAACUUAGGUUACAAACUCUUUGCGACCGCCGGUACAGCUGAUUUCAUUUCUGAGCAUGGUAUUCCAGUACAGUACGUUGAAGUUUUAAAUCAAGAGGAUGAAGAAAAGGCCGAAUACUCUUUAACUCAACAUUUGGCCAACAAUAAGAUUGACUUGUAUAUCAAUUUGCCAUCUGCAAACAGAUACCGCCGCCCUGCUUCUUAUGUCUCUAAGGGUUACAGAACUCGUCGUAUGGCCGUGGACUACUCUGUUCCUUUGGUAACAAACGUUAAAUGUGCUAAGUUGUUGAUCGAGGCAAUUGCCAGACAUUUACCAUUGGAUGUCUCUGAUCGUGAUGCUCAAACUUCUCACAGAACUGUUACCUUGCCAGGUCUCAUCAACAUUGCUACUUUUGUUCCAAACUCUUCCAAUGUUGUAGAGGGCCCUGCAGAAUUGAAGGAAACUACCCGUCUUUCUUUGGAGGCAGGUUUCACAUACUGUCAGAUCAUGGCAAGAGCCAUCUCUGGUCCAAUAAUUUCUGAUAUGGUAUCUUUAAAGGCCGCCCUCUCUGUUGCCCAAGGUUCUGCCUAUACUGAUAUCUCUUACACAGUAGCUGGUACAGUUAACAAUUCUGAAAAUGUGGCUCAAACGUCUAAUGAUGUUAGCUCUUUAUUUUUGCCUUUCCGUGAGCUAACAAAUAAGGUUUCUACUGUUGCAGAGUUGUUGAAGAACUGGCCAACUGGUAACCAAAUUAUUGCUGAAGCUAAGACUUCGGACUUGGCCUCUGUGAUGUUAUUGACAGCUUUACAGAACAGAUCUAUUCACAUCACUGGUGUUUCUAAUAAAGAAGAUUUGGAUUUAAUCAUUACUGUUAAAGAAAAAGAUCCAAGAUUGACUUGUGAUGUUAAUAUCCACGCCUUGUUUGUCUCUCAGGAUGACUACCCAGAAGCUCUAUUUUUGCCAACUAAGGAAGAUCAGGAAUUCUUCUGGAGAAACUUGGAUGCCAUUGAUGCCUUCUCUAUCGGUGCGUUGCCAACUUCAUUGGCUUAUGUCACUAGUAACAAGGUUGAUGUCGGCUUAGGUAUUAAAGAAUCCUUACCACUAUUGCUAUCUGCCGUUGAUGAGGGCAAAUUGACGAUUGAUGACAUUGUUCAGCGUCUACAUGACAACCCUGCAAAGAUCUUCAACAUUCCAGAGCAAAGAAAUGCUAUUGUGGAGGUCGACUUGGAUUACUCCUUCAACCACACAAAGAGAUGGUCUCCAUACACUAAGGGUGGCUUGAAUGGUGGCAUCAAUCGUGUUGUGAUCAACAAUGAAACAGUUGUAUUGAGUGGUGAUCUUGUCAUUCCCGAGCCAAUGGGCAAAGUGGUUGUUACUAACAAAACCAUUACAAACAAGACCAUUCCAAGCACGCCAUCUGCUCAAAAUGAUGCUCAAUUGAAUGUACAAUCCACCAAAAGAAGAUUCUCCUUCUCUAAUGAGAGACGUGGGUCCACCACCAGUCUUGACGAUUAUGAAGAAUAUAACCAACCUCUCGAGCAGAGAUUGAUGUCCUCAAGACCUCCAAAGGAAUUGACAGCACCUGGUGCUAUUCAGACUUUGAUCCGCAGCAACAACCCAUUCAAGGGUAGACACAUUUUGUCUGUCAGACAGUUUAAGCGUUCUGAUUUCCAUGCAUUGUUCGCUGUGGCUCAAGAAUUGAGGGCUGCUGUUGAACGUGAAGGUGUUUUGGAUUUGAUGAAGUCCCGUGUUUUAACUACCGUUUUCUACGAGCCUUCCACUCGUACUUCAUCAUCUUUCAUUGCCGCUAUGGAACGUCUUGGUGGUAGAACUGUUCAUAUCAACCCUGGUUCUUCCUCCGUUAAGAAGGGUGAAACUUUGCAAGAUACUAUCAGAACUCUCGCAUGUUACUCCGACGCAAUUGUCAUUCGUCACGCUGAUGAGAUGUCUGCUCACACUGCUGCUAAAUAUUCCCCAGUACCAAUCCUGAAUGGUGGUAAUGGUUCUCGUGAACAUCCAACUCAGGCAUUCUUAGACUUGUUCACUAUUCGUGAGGAGUUGGGUACUGUGAAUGGUAUUACUGUGACUUUCAUGGGUGAUUUGCUAUACGGUAGACCAGUGCACUCCUUGUGCCGUUUGUUGCAGCACUAUCAGGUGAGAAUCAACUUGAUCUCUCCUCAAGAAUUGAGAUUACCUGCUGCUUUACGUAAGGAGUUGGCUGAUUCUGGUCUUCUAGGCGUUGAAAGUGAAAUUUUGACUCCUGAGAUCAUCUCUAAAUCUGAUGCACUAUACUGUACCAGAAUCCAAAAGGAAAGAUUCGAAAACAAGGAAGAAUAUGAACGUUUGAAGGAUGUCUACAUCAUUGAUAACAAGAUGUUGUCUCACGCCAAGGAGCACAUGGCUGUCAUGCACCCAUUGCCUCGUGUGAAUGAAAUCAAGGAGGAAGUGGAUUACGAUCACCGUGCCGCCUACUUCAGACAGAUGAGAUAUGGUCUUUUCGUUAGAAUGGCUCUGUUGGCGAUGGUUAUUGGUGUCGACAUCUAA